UCCUCCUCCUGCUCCUCUCCGUCCGACAAUGCGGGCACCAACUAAGGAUUUAUAAUUUCUUCUUCUUCAUCCGCUCCGCAUCGUUUAUUCCUCCUCUUCCUCCUCUUCUUCCUCACGGACUGAUCCAGUGAUGUCGCCUCGUCCACAGAUCUGACCAUCAGGCCGAAACAGGACGCCCCGUCGACUCCUCGCUCCGCCCCUCACCCAGCCUCCCCUCGCCCCUCUCUCAGCUCCAGGGCUCUCCAAAGGUUCCUCUCCGGGUUCUCCAAAGGGUUCUCUGUGGUGUUCUGGACAGCUCCAUACGCCUCGGGGCCUCGGACCUUCAUGCGUCUCCCAGCAGCAGAGUCCACCCACACCUCCACCCACCACACCACCACCACCACCACCAUGAGCUGUGAGCAGGAGUUUGGAGACGGAGCCAUGGGGGUCACGCUCACACUGCGCCUGCUCAUGCACGGGAAGGAAGUUGGAAGCAUCAUCGGAAAGAAAGGAGAAACCGUGAAGAGAAUACGAGAAGAGAGCAGCGCGAGGAUCAACAUCUCUGAGGGCUCGUGUCCAGAGAGGAUCAUCACCAUCACGGGGCAGACGGACUGCGUGUUCAGAGCCUUCACCAUGAUCACGUUCAAACUGGAGGAGGACCUGACAGCCUUGGUAGCCAACGGGACAGUGACCAGUAAGCCUCCCGUCACCCUGCGGCUGGUCAUUCCCGCCAGUCAGUGCGGCUCGCUCAUUGGCAAGGGCGGCUCCAAGAUCAAAGAGAUCAGAGAGACGACAGGUGCACAGGUGCAGGUGGCAGGUGACCUCCUCCCCAACUCCACAGAGAGAGAGGUGACGAUAUCAGGGAGCCAGGACGCCAUUAUCCAGUGUGUUAAACUCAUCUGCACCGUAAUCCUCGAGUCUCCGCCAAAGGGAGCGACUAUCCCGUACCGACCCAGCCCGACUCCAGGAACCGUGCUUCUGGCAGGAAACCAGACGUACGCAGUACAGGGUCACUACAGCAUUCCACAUUCAGAGCUGGCGAAGCUCCACCAGUUGUCGAUGCAGCAGCAGGGCCUGGCCCCCAUCAGCCAUGGAAAUAACUCUUUCUCAGGAGGGGUGGACGCCAACUCCCAAACCACGUCUCAGGAGCUCCUCAUUCCAAACGAUCUGAUUGGCUCAAUCAUCGGCCGCCAGGGCACCAAGAUCAACGAGAUCCGGCAGGUGUCGGGCGCUCAGAUCAAGAUCGGCAGUCAGAUCGACAGCACCAGUGACCGCCACGUCACCAUCACCGGCACGCCCAUCGCCAUCAACCUGGCCCAGUACCUGAUCACCUCAUGUUUAGAGACCGCCAAAUCCACCGCCCAGUCCUCCUCCAUGCCGUCUCCCGUUGACCUGACCAUGAGCUUCACCCAGCCCGCCCCCCCUGCCUCGUCCUCCUCCUCCUCCCCCCUGGCAGCGAUGGGCGCCACGCUGCCCCACGCUCAAAUGCUGGGCGCUCCCUACGCCCUCCCCCUCUCCAGCCUCCUGGGAAUGAAAUCAUUCCCUUACCUGGCACUCUCCACCCCCCCUGCCUCAGCAGCAGCCGCGGCGGCUGCCGCGGCCAUCGGGGCCCCCAUGUUACAGGGUUCCAUGCAGACAGCAGCGUCGGCGGCGGUUCCGGUUCAGGCUCACGCGGCGGCCGCCCUGGCGUCCUACACCGCCAAGAUCUCAUCUUCAGCCAACGGGAUGAAGAAGCCGGAGAGACAGAAGUUUGCGCCGUACUGAUGACGGAGCAGGAAUGAAAGUUUGCAUCAGUGAGGUAGCUUCUGGGAACGAGGAUGGUUUUUAGAUGGAAGGGCACUUUUUUUUUUCCUUCUUCAUUCUCUCUCUUCUCUUUCUUCCUCUGACUCUCUUAUUCCUUUAUUCUUCUUGAUCGAUCAAAAAUGUCAAAGUGGGAUUACUCAAACGUGUAUGUAAGUCAAUAGCAGCAACAAAUCAGGUUUUUACACAAGUUGGUCACACAGUGAGUGAAACAACUCGUCAGCUGAAGCAUCACUGUGUCUGUUUCUGUGAGUCCGCCUUCUAGCAGGUUGUUGUCAGCUCAUUUAUUUAGCUGCUAUAUUAAUUUGUGUCAUUGGCGGCACACUCUAGCAGCCGUACAAUAAAUAAUAAUGAUGAAAUAAUAUAAAACACAAAAAAACACUGUUCAUGUCCCUAACCUUCACUUAACUUCACAUUUGACCAACGUAACUACACUGUAAAAAUUUUUUAUAGAAAUGACAGUAAAACGCUGACAAACUGCAACAGAAAUAGAACAUCAAAUCUAAAAUUGUAUAUCACCGUAGUAGACACAUUGAAUUACCAUAAAUCAUGAAACAGGUAAACUUUAUUUUUCACCGUCAUAAAAUGUAAAAAAAAAAAAAAAACCCACACAGUUUACCGUAAAAAACAUAACAUUUUAGUAAAAUUUACGAAGAAAUGUCACAAGUACUGAAUUAUUCUGUCUAAAUUACAGAUUUUGCUGAUGUCUGCAUUUCACUUUACAGUAAAUAACCUUUCACCAUGCAGCAAAAGCGUUCCAUAAUGUCUCAUUAAUUCUCACUGUAUUUUUCACUGUGACAAUACAAAUAUUUUUUUUAGUGUAUGUCGAUUCUGGUGCUUGUGCCACCCUCAUAACUACUACGGCAUUUAUUUUACUUCUAAAAACAUCCUUUAUAAUGACUAAUCAGGAAUUUUUUAGCCCUAACCUUAUAGAGUUAGUUCUGUGGCAUAGUCUGAAGGAAACUGUAGACUUUUAACUAAAUAUUGUCUCCCUCGUAAAUACUUUUGGCAUUUGUUUUACUUUUUAAACUAUGUUUUAUGACUCCUGACGAGAUUUUUAGCCCUAACCUAAGAGAAGUAGUUUUGUAGCCAGCGACCUGCCGUUUGAUGAACUAAUAACAACCUACUGGACCUACUAGAAGGUGGAGUAGACCCCUACUUGCCCAUUCUAAUGCGAACAUGGCUGCUGAUAAAAACCCAUUGAGUCAUCUAUCACAGUGUAGCUAAAGAGGACUGACCUGAUCCUUCAGAAACAGCAGCUAAAGGGGCAACACUAAUGUCGGUUGUAAUUUAAUUUUUUUGCUUAAUCAGAAAAUACUAAAAAAGAAGAAGUCAUUUCCUCUGCAGACUCAUAAUGAACUGAGAACCUGCUGCCACUCUGAUCCCAGUUAAGACACCAGACUGCUGCUUCAGAGGCUCAUGGGUAAUCACAAAUUCAAUGAGCGUGAUUGUCAAAUUUUCACACUGAUAUCCUUCUGAGCUCCACAUGAGGAAAAAAAUGAAUUAAAAACAAAUAGAAGAUAAAGAUUUAACUCCCUCUGACCUUUUCUACAGGACAAACAACAUGUUUGUGUCAGAGUGGAGAUUUGAAAAACAAAGUUACUGCUUAAAUCCUCAAAGUCAGGUGAGAACUGACAAAAAUAUGAGACCCGGUGUCUGAUCACUCCUGAUCCUGAUGGAUGUUUUUACCUCUUCAUGACUCAGUCGUGAUGUGCAAAAGUAGACAAUCCUGUGCAGAAGCUGCUGUGACGCUGCAUGAUGUUUGUUUAGUGUUUCUUAUGUUUCUGUGCAGAUAUUCACAGGUUUGAUAAACCUCUCAGGGUCACUGACUCCUCCCUCGUAGAUAAGUCUGUGUCACUAUUUGCAUUCACUUCUAUCUCCUUUGCAUUUAUAUGAUCUGGGAUCUGGUUCCCUCAUACACACAAACUGAUGGCUGCCUUCAUGUCUCUGCAUGUACAAUUACACAGAUCAAAAAAAUGACACUGGAACUUAUUUUGAUACUUCUGACUUAAAUAUAAAUAUAACUUUAGCUUUUCUCUAAUGUAGAACUUGCUAUUCCAUAAUUUUGACAAAGACAUUAUCAGAAAAUUAAGAUACAAUUAUACUCAUUAUUUUGACUCAGAAUGUCAAGUCAAUUUAGAAUUAGAAGGAUUUUUUAUUUUAGUUUAUCUUUUCUUGGCUGCCACAGGAAUUAAAUUUGUUUAGUUUUUAGUAUUUAGUAUUUUUUUCCAGAUUUUAGGAGAAAUAAAUAAAAUGUUUAUUUAUAAGUCAAAGAAAAACAAUCUGACCUGGAAUCAGAGCUGAAACUUUGAGCAUUCGCACUAAAAAACAUUUCAGAUCUCCAGUAAAAUAUUCAAACUACUGCAUAAAGGUCCAUGCAGAGACAUAAAACAGCACCAGAAGGAUCCAGUGUUUCAGGCUGCCACGUCUCCAAUAAUCCCACUUUGUCAGUUUUGUUUGAGUUUUUAUUCACAACUUGUUUUCGUAGCUCUGCCCGACUCAGAGAUGCUGUUCAGGUUCGGUGGGUGUUUGUAGCUACUGAUGAUGAAACUGAUGUUAAAGGUUAUUUGGGCCACAAAGCCUGUAAAAGCCAUAGAGACUCUUCAGCUUCCCCGUCCUCGUCUGUCUCCUGCUCUCUUUUUGUCCCCUCCUCCUUACUCUAUUGUAUACUCUCAUAUUUAUUGACUAAUAUGAAAUAUUCCCUCAGAGAGUUUAUAUCACUGGUCACUAACACUGAGCUGAACUCGGCUUUUCUAUACGAUGAUGUCGACUUGUAUAUUCCUUUCUGCUUCCGGUCUCUUCUUUUUCCUUAUUUUUGUUGUAUAGAGUUUUUUUUUUUUUUUAAAACAUACGACAGAUUUAAAAGCGUCUUUUUUGAGUCUGUAAUUGUUUCUGUUCAGAAUUCUCAUUUGAAAUGUGUUGUUUAAAUUAUUUUUUAACUUAUUAAGAGUAUUACAUUUAAAGAAAAUGUUAAAAAAAAAAAAAUGUUUUUCUUUUCCCAAACAUGGCUGCAGGUAAAUACUGUCAAACUGUAUUUUUUGUUUUUUGUUUGUUUUUUUAGUUGUGUGAACAGAAUUAAGUGCAGAAAUAAUUAUCACUGUACCAUUAAUGCUAAUAACCAGAUGUUUUUGUUAGAUAGAAGAGUAGUGUUUUCACUUGUGAGCUCAAACUGGACAUUUUACCACACACACACACACACACACACACACACUUUCUAACUGGGGACACGUGUUUUAAAUGUCUCUGCUGCUUCUCAACUUUCAGCCUCCACAGAACUAGAAUAAAGUAGAAGCAACACGUCCUGUGAUCAGCAGAAAAAGACCUGAGAGAUUUAAAUGUGCCACGCUGCAACAAUGAUUUUAUUUGUAAGGAGAAAUAACUAAAGCAUCAUGUCAACAUCCGGUAAAGUCUGUUCUUGGUCCGGUGAUCAUUAACCCGUCAGGUAUUUAUCAGGGACCACACUGUGACACCAGGCAGCCAAACUCUGGCUGAACACACUUAAAUCACCUUUUUCUCAGUAGAUUUAAGGAUCAGUUCAUCUCUCACUCGUAAUGCACUGGAUGAAAUCAACAUUUUGUUGUGUAAAGCUGCAGUUAAACAUCAAAACCACCUGAUCAUAGAUAUAAAAAUGUGGCUUCAGGUGCUGCUGUGAGCCGUAAUUAAAGCUGUGAUGACGAUCAUAGUUCUAUAUUCAUUGAUAUUAGUACUUCUUCUAAUGUCUUGGUGCUUUAAAUUAAAAUCAAACUGGAAAACUUUUAGACAUUUAUUGUGAUUAAAAGAUAAUUUCUUUCGGAGCAGUUUUAGAAAAUGAUGAGCAGUACAGAUAUCUUCCAGACUCACGUUACUUUUUCCAUCCAUUGAAUUUAUAACCUGAAGCUUCAUUAAUCACAAAAAUAUCAACAGUGUCCAACAACGGUGCAAAGUCGACCAGAGCACCGGGAGUACUUACAGGGUAAACAUAAAAAAAAAGACUUGACUUCCAGACAUAACAGGACAAAAACACCAGUUGAAACACUUGUUGAGGGAGCAGGGUUCAUGUGUACCAUCCAGACUCCUCCCGCCCUCCUGAUCGCAGACUUUUAACAUUAAGUUGCAUCAACAAAAGGGAUUUACACAAAACAUUAAAAGCAUUUGUAAGAGACAUAUGAAAUUGCAUUCAAAUAUAAAAAUGUAAGACUGAAAACGAGCAGAUAAAAUAUAUAUAUUUUUAAAUCAAAUAUCAACUGGUACUGGUUGCAGUGCAGUAAAGGCAGUGGCAAGCAGAAAGUCUUUAGUCUUGAUUUAAAAGAGUUGAGAGUUGCAGCAGACCUGCAGUUUUCUGGGAGUUUCUUCCAGAUAUGUGGAGCAUAAAAAACUGAAGGCUGCCUCUCCAUGUUCAGUUCUGACUCUAGGAAGAGAGUCAGUGGCCAACAUUUCGUGGGAAAAGCUACAAAUUCGAUUCUAUUACGUUUUGUCGGAAUAACUACGAAGUGUUCACGAGAACAGCCUGAAGACAGUAACAGAGUGGGGAGGGUUUGGUUUGAGAAGGGCCUCAAGUUUAGUUUAGGCUUCUUGUCUGUUUAGAAAAAGUCCAAAACAUUAAGAACAACAAUUCUUCUUCAUCUCUUUCCCAUUAAUUAUCUCACGACCCCUUAGCUUUAUUUGGUGACCCUUUGGAGGGACCCAACCCUUAUGUUGUGAACCACUGGGCUAAACCAGCUAAUUAAGUCCUGAACACAGAACUUAAAGACAUAAAGAGUCAAAGUUCUUCUUCCACCACAGAGUCACACCUUCAGCUAAACUUUUAGAUAUCGAUCAUCCCAUCUCUGCUGCUGAAUUGUGAUUUUUUUCGACAGAUUUCCAGAUCAGGAUUGUGGUUAUUCUACUUAUUCUAGUUCUGUGGCAGAGUCUCCUCUGUGUGUGUGAAAGUAGCAAGCAACCUUCUUUUAUCUUAUUUCUUUCUUUUUAUUUCUUUCUUUUCCAACUAAACUGAUGCUCAGCUCGGUUUACUGUCCUGCAGGAGUGUCAGAGACUAAUGCUGCAUGUUUGCUUGGCCUCACUAACACACACACACACACACACACACACACACAAACACACGCAUGUAAAUACACACAAUUGAAGGUACACUUACAGACACACACACAGGCCUCGGUCAUUGCACUGACUCCCUCUUCACUGACAGUGUGAACUCAAAGCAAUACUAAACAGAGCCGGAUGAGUAGCGACACGUUGGCACGCAAACAUACGUGUGUGUGUGUACAGAUACAUUCAUAUUUAACUCGAUGGGGUGUCGAUGCAUAGAGUUAUCUGUUCCUUUUGUUUGUUUUUAAAAAUAAUGAUAAUAAUGUGGUAAAUUAAACAAGCUCACUUAUUUUUAUAAAGUCAAUUAACCUUGUUGAUGAACUGAAUUGAACUGUGGACACCGUGUUUCAUCAUCGUCCUCUCCACGAUCACACUUCUUUAUUCAUCCAUCUUUGUCUCUCUCUCUCUCUCUCUCUCUCUCUCUCUCUCUCUCUCUCUCUCUCUCUCUCUCUCUCUCUCUCUCUCUCUCUCUCUCUCUCUCUCUCUCUCUCUCUCUCUCUCUCUCUCUCUGUUCUUCGUCCACCUGUCUCUUUCGUCCAUUUGCAUGAGUCUGACUUGAAUUGAUGUCUAUGCAAAAACAUGCGUGUGUGGUUCGGCUCAGUGAUCCGUGUGUGAGGUCACAUGGAGGCUGUGCUGGUGCUUGUGAAGUGCAGCUGAAAUUAAAGGGCUACAGUGUGAAGAGUACGGGUCUACGGCUCACAGUGCAUCUGCCCUGACGAUCAAUUAGAAAUACUGCAGAUACCAAGUCUAAUCUGAUACUUUUACUUAUGUGAAUGACAAAGCAGCCCAAGUUAGUGCAUCCAGUCCAGUUUAAGUAGUAAUAGUAUUCUGUUGGGUGUCUAAUAGGUUUGUUUCACACCAAAUGCAAAGCAAUUUACAUACAAAGUUAAUGCAUAGACGACGUGCAGAAAUGCAAAUUUGGUACAGGCGAAAAUUGAAUUAUUUGUUGUAUUUGAAGUUGAAAUUUUUCCAAUUGCAUUAAGUUGUGUUGUAAAAGCCGUACACUACCACAUGUAUCAACAGGGGAUAAUUAAGACAUUUCUAACAUUUUAAGUGAUUUUAAAAUUUGACCAUUUUUUGAGGUGGUCAUUUUUGGACAUCCCGUAAUGUGGUGUUUUACUGUCAUUUCUGACCAUAUUAUGUUCUAAUAUGUAUCAAGAGACUAUAAUUGAUCCAUAAGCAUUUUAGCCAUUUAAAAAUUUGACAAUUUUUGACAAAAAAUGACAUGCUAUGACUUUUAUUUUGAGGGGGUCAUAUUUGGACAUCCCACAAUAUGGUGUUUUUUUGCUUUAUUUAAACAAAAUAUACUACCAUAUGUAUCAACAUAGUAUAAUUUACAGAUUUUAGGGAUUUAAAAAUUUGACCAUUUUUUUGAUAAAAAUCAACAUAAACUUAGUUCAGAGCUCUAUUCAGAAAACAAGCAUUUUAAAAGUGAUUUGCUUGUGACCUUGCAUAAAGCAUUAAUUUAGACUUUUCACACUUCUGCAUCAUGAUAUUUUGGCAUACUUUUGAUCCAUUUAUUGCAACAAAAUCAUGGCGAAAUCUGUUUAUUUUGACUGUACACCAUUGUGGUAGCAACCAAAAGGCAGUUCCUGGAGGAGGCAGUGAAGUUCAUCAAGCUGUGUGCACCUCUGGAGGAUACUGAGACAUGAAAGUGUUUAGUUUUCAGAUGUAUCAGGGACGGAAAGAGAUGGUGGAAAGGAUUGUUGUGAUAUCUACUUCUUGCAUGUCUUCUGUAGUCAAACCAACAAGAAACUUUGCAUUUGGUGUGAACACAGCAAUUAUGAGUUUGUGGAACAAAAAACACUGAUUGCACAGUGGUGUAACACUAUCAGUAGAAGUAUUUGAUAAUAAUGGCAUCUUCACAAUCUGUUUUCAAAAUACUUGAACAGCUGAAUUUGACCCAAUAUUCUGAACUAAAGUGAAAAGAAACAUUAAAGGGACUUUGUGGCAGUGAACUGAAUCGUGGAUUUUAACAGAAACAAAGCCAAACCUUGUUAAAUUUAAACAAGUCAUGCACUGCUAAGGGGAAAAAUUAAUUCCACCUAUGGUCUCGUUUUUAAUGAACACAUUUUAAUACUUGGGGUCUUUGUGUGUCUAGAAAUGCAGAAUUCCCUUAUUAACAACAGAUUCUUGAUGAAAAUGGCAAACAGACCACUCUCAUUAAAUCUGAAGUCCUUCACGGUGUUUGAGGAAAGUCAUUUUGCAGCUUUACUUUGCUGAACAUAUUUUGCAGCUUGGACAGGUAUCAGGUUAAAAAUCUCUCUUCAGGGUAAAUGUGCUGCAGGAAUCGGACCCUCGGGACAGUGGAUGGAGGUUUCAGCAACACUAUACAAGACAAGACUUUAUCAAACAUAGAGAAGGAAUUUACUUCAAAACGAUGCCCUCAUUCCAAGUUGUACUUCAAAUACACACAUAGCCUGUACAGCAAACAUAAACAUGAAGAAUAAAAUCCACCCAAACACACAUUCACUCUGAACCAACUGCUGAACAAAAAUGACUACGGUUAUGAAUAUUGUAUUGCACUUGAACAUGAAAAAUCCAUUAUGACUGAGUAUGAAGUACUACCAUCUUUCUGUUUUCAUUUCUACUUCCCUGUGAAGGUGGGGGGCUCUGCUCUUUGUAUAUCAGCCUGAUGUGUUUGUGAUUCUGUUUUCUUUCCAUCCAUGCCAUGUUCUAAUAAAUAAAACCCUCACUGAAAA